AGGCCUAAUCAUUUGGUAAAAAAUGUCAAUUUAGCUAGACUUUGGGACUACCAAAUAUAAAAUACAGCACAUUGGUAUCUAUAUUGGUGGGAUAAUUUAUUUUAAUUUCUUGCUUAAUUCCAGAAAGACAUGAGAGGAGUUCAGGCAAUAUCGAAGGCUUAAACUUGUCGUACUUUGAACGGUCUAUGGCGCCGCCAACAGGGAUGAAAGAAUUCCGGAUGUUUGUAGCAACCUGGAAUGUUGGAGGAAAAACACCAAAUAAUGGUCUCAACCUUGAAGAUUUCUUACAAGUAGAGGGCUCAUCAGACAUAUAUGUUUUAGGGUUUCAAGAAAUUGUCCCACUAAGUGCCGGAAACGUUCUUGUGAUCGAAGACAACGAGCCAGCAGCCAAAUGGCUAACCCUUAUAAACCAAGCUCUUAAUAAACCGAAUCACGAUUCGGUCUAUUCAGACUCAGGGACUAAUUUCAACUCCAAAAUAGUGUUGAACAACAUGAAUAAUAGGUAUUCCAAUAAACCUAACACGGCCUCUAGUACCGGUCUUCACUUCUUCCAAAAGCCUUCUCUCAAAGUCCUCAGUAAAAGUUUGAGAGCCCAUAGCAGACUUCUCAAGUCUUGCAACUGCCCCGACGAUGGGGAGUUUCCAAUAUCGCCGGAACGACGGCCUCGGAGGCUGAGGAAACGGCUGUUCCUUGACGAUCAUCAUCAUCGUGAUCGGGAUCGUGGUCGUGGUCGUGUGAGUACUAGACUAGACACAGAAUUUGCGCCGGGCCUGAGUUAUGGAAGCUGCGCCGAUGAAUUCUAUACCGUUGCAGAGAUUCCAUCUUCUCCUCUCUCAUCUUCGCCUGCAAAUAAAAGUUAUAGACUAAUAGAAAGUAAGCAAAUGGUAGGGCUUUUCUUAUCGGUGUGGGCUCGAAGUGACUUGAUCCCACACAUUGCCCACCUCAGAGUUUCCUCUGUAGGAAGAGGAAUUAUGGGUUGCCUCGGAAACAAGGGAUGUAUAUCGAUAAGCAUGUCCUUGCACCAAACAAGUUUUUGCUUCAUUUGUAGUCACUUGGCUUCCGGAGAGAAGGAGGGUGAUGAGAUUAAAAGAAAUGCUGAUGUGAGCGAGAUUCUUAAAAGCACACAGUUCCCCAAGAUUUGCAAGAAGCCAAAUAACCGUGCCCCUGAAAAAAUAAUUGAUCACGACCGAAUAAUUUGGCUUGGAGAUUUGAAUUAUCGUGUGUCUUUGAGCUAUGAUGAAGCUAGGGUUUUGUUGGAAGAUAAUGACUGGGAUAGACUCUUGGAGAAGGAUCAGCUGAAUACAGAGAGAGAAGCGAGGAGAGUAUUCAGUGGGUUCGAUGAGGGACGGAUUUUCUUUGCCCCAACUUACAAGUACUCUCAUAAUUCAGAUGCUUAUGCUGGCGAAACCGUCAAAUCCAAGAAGAAACGCAGAACACCUGCUUGGUGUGAUAGGAUACUAUGGCGCGGAAAUGGGAUAGAGCAACUAUCAUAUAUUCGUGGGGAAUCAAGAUUCUCUGACCAUAGACCUGUUUGCGCUGUCUUCUCCGUGGAGGUUGAAGUAAGGAAACAAAGCUCUAUAGAUUAUAACAUUAACAGAUUCAGGAAGAAUAAUUACUCUUGUAUUGCUCCAAGACUGGAUUUUGAUGACUGCAUACCUCAGAGACACAGCUUCUAUGACUAAUUAACUAAUCACACCGAGAUAUAUACCUCAACCAACUGUACAUUAAUUUUUCUCUUCUUUUUUUUUUGUUUUUUUAUUUAAUUUCAUUCAUGUUCCUUUUCUGGUUGCAAUACAUUGUAAGUUAAUCCUACUAUAUCUAUUUAUACAAGGGAAAUUAGUGGCAAUAA